CUCCCUCAGGCUCUACAUGGAAAGAGCUCAGAGAUUAAGGGGUUUGUCAGCACCACCAACAACAAGGAUUGUUCACAAUUCGUAACUUGCCAAAGAAGAAAGAUGAUUAAGUUUUUGUUUUUUUUUUGGCAGCUUUUUCAGCUACUACAAAUAUGACUUAGUUGAAAAACAAACGGUGGAUAACCUGCUUUUCUUGUGUUCAUCUACUUGUACAGGACAGGUAAAACAAAGUGUGGCUAGACAGCAGCUACUAUCUAAAUGCCUGUGUGAGUCUGCUGAAUAAAGGAGCCAGAGGAUACAGGUGACAGCGAGGUUUUGCUCUAACUUGUUUGAAGCUGUUUUUUUUUCUCCCCCAUGUCAAGGGUGAAGGACUAUGCCUGGCUUAGGAAUUUAGUCUGAGGGACUUUUUUAAGUUGAACUCAACAACUCCUGGGCAGAAUAUGAACUGUCGCCUGUGCUGUGUGCCUUUAUUGUUGUGUGAAUGAAGAUGUAUGUGUGAAUUAGUUUGAGUGAAGUGUCAUGCUAUUCCUUAGCAGUGGGACAGUGGAAGCGACCCAAAGGAGUACAGCUAUUGGCCAACAGCAGCAGGGGGAAACAGUUUACCACAUCUCUGUAAUCCUGAAAGAAACAAAAGGAGAUGCCCUGGUGCCAAUGGAGAACUGCCUCAGGCUGGGCAGGGCACAACAGGAGUUUGACAGGUGGCCCUCCCUGAGUCUUUCAGGUAGAGCCGAGAGGCAAGGAGAGGAGGUAGUUGUGGAGGAGAAUGAGGAGGAGUUGGCGGCGGUGAAGGGAAAAAUGAAGACCAACAGGUUUUUAAAACUAUCCUCCAAGAACUCAGGAAACUCCUCACAGCAAGACAGAGACGUAGCAGAGUUUACUGCUCAGACAGAAACCCAGGAACAACACAUUCGUAGCUCAACCUCGUGCUCUGUCACCCUCCAUUCUAAAGGGCUUGGAUUUGGGGAACAUGGUACCAUUCCAGGACAUGGAUCUCUACUUUGUGCCGAGUUGCGAAUGCCACAUGGGGAUGGAGCCCUGGUCAGCAGGAAGACGGUGAGCAUGUAUGGUGACCCAAUCAAGCAGGCAGGACAUUCUCAACUUGAACUACAAAGAAAACUGCGGAGGCCCAGAAGUGUUUGCAUGCUGGCAGGCCCAGGUCCAAUCCUUUCAGAGCCCCAGACCCAACAACCCUUCAGGAGGGCUGACAUUUUAGAAAACAACCAGCAGCGCAGAAACAAGAAGGCUGAGUUGAGAGCAGUGGAUGGCCUUAGUCCUGCUGUGGCUCAGCGGCCUUUGGUCACUACAGAGGUGACCCACAGGGACCGCCAGAGGAGCUUUAGGCCCAGACCGGUCAGUAUGACCGUGCUGGAGCUAGGAAAGAGGGGCUCUGAUGAGGAGAUAGACAGCCAGAAGAGUUGCAGUCACACCGGCAGCAAUAGAGGAGGUUUUCUCAAAGGUGGCUUUCGUUGGCGACUAUUUGGCAAAGCAUCCCAAGCUAAAAGCAUGGAGAAGGAAAGUGACAAAGAUAUUAAAUCUUCUCCUAAAUUAAGCAAAUCUGAUGCUUCAAAAAGUACACUGAGCAGUUUAAGACGGAGCCUCAGUCUGCGAAUCAGGAGGACUCGGCCUCGGGACAAAGUCACUUUAGGGUCUGAGGGAGAGCAGGAUCGUAAAGAGAUUAAAAGUACUUCUGAGGAGACAACAAUGCCUCUACAGCCUUUCUCGUACCUCACAGGAAGAACUCUACCAAUUUCCAUUGAGCGGAGAGAAGAUGGGGGCAUGCAGUACAUUCAGUAUCACAGCAGGGGGAAGGUUAAGGUAAUGGAAGUACCCCUCUCUCCAGCAAAACUCUCUUCCAAACCAGUUCAGGAAGAACCAAGCAUAUGGCACCUCAUAGCCAACCGUUUCAGGAGAAAAGAGCAGCCAUACAGUGGCAAAUGUGAAUCCCAGCAAUCCCAGAGCAAGGACACCAGCCAGUAUCCCCUGGUUAGGAAUAAUAAGUCACAGCCAGUUGCCAUAGAGGUUCUGGCAGGCAUUGACUCUUACAAAGGUCAAGACUCUUUCGUCAACAGCCAGGAAUGGACAUUGAGUCGGUCAGUUCCAGAGCUGAAAGUGGGCAUUGUGGGAAAUCUGUCCAGUGGGAAGUCUGCCUUGGUCCACCGGUACUUGACAGGAACAUAUGUGCAGGAGGAGUCUCCUGAAGGUGGACGGUUCAAGAAAGAAAUUGUUGUGGAUGGACAGAGCUACCUUCUUCUGAUCAGAGAUGAAGGAGGGCCUCCAGAAUUACAAUUUGCUGCCUGGGUGGAUGCGGUGGUUUUUGUCUUUAGCCUGGAGGAUGAGAUCAGCUUCCAGACAGUGUACAACUACUUUCUGCGCCUAUCCAGCUACAGGAACACAGCUGAGGUCCCCAUGGUCCUUGUUGGAACACAAGAUGCAAUCAGUGCCGCCAAUCCCAGAGUGAUCGAUGACUCACGGGCCAGAAAGUUGUCAAAUGACCUGAAGCGCUGCACAUACUAUGAGACCUGCUCCACCUAUGGCCUGAAUGUGGAGAGAGUCUUCCAGGAUGUUGCCCAGAAGGUUGUGGCCAUGAGGAAAAAGCAGCAGCUCUCCAUUGGUCCAUGCAAAUCUCUGCCUAACUCUCCCAGCCACUCAUCAGUCCCCGCUGCGUCUCUCCCCUCUGUUCAUAUUAACCAGGCGGCCAAUGGUGGGGGAGCAUUCAGUGACUACUCCUCCUCUGUUCCCUCCACCCCCAGCAUAAGUCAGCGGGAGAUGCGCAUUGAGACCAUCGCUGCCUCCAAUACGCCCACGCCCAUCCGCAAGCAGUCAAAGCGCCGCUCUAACAUUUUCACAUCACGGAAAGCCAGUGAACAAACAAAGAGCGUUGACAGUAAAACAGACAGCAUAGGCAGUGGAAGGGCCAUACCCAUCAAGCAGGGAAUCCUUCUGAAGCGAAGUGGCAAAUCCCUCAACAAGGAGUGGAAAAAGAAAUAUGUCACACUGUGUGAUAAUGGCGUCCUCACUUACCACCCCAGUUUACAUGACUACAUGCAGAAUGUGCAUGGGAAAGAGAUCGACUUGCUGAGGACAACAGUCAAAGUUCCUGGGAAGCGACCACCCAGAGCUGUGGCCACCGUCGCCCCCACUGCGAGCCCCAAAACCAACGGGCUGACCAAGGACCGCAGCACCUUCCAGCUGGGUGUAGGAAACACAGGGGCCCCUCACUCCAACAGUAGUACGUCCCUCCAGACGGGUGGGUCGUUGUUUGGUGGGAGUAAAGAUGGCAUGCACCAACGCUCCUUCUCUGUGUCCAGUGCCGACCAGUGGAAUGAGGCCAUCAACACCAGUACAAGCAGCGGAGCCCCUAAUGGGAUGAGUGACCCAACGAGUUCUACUGUGGGUAGUGCCACCAGUCCUAAACUUGAGCCACCUCCUUCCCCUCAUGCCAACCGCAAGAAACACAGACGGAAAAAGAGCACGGGCAUCACAAAACCAGAUGGCUUAUCUGCAGGCAAUGAAGAGCAAGAGGAUUCCUUUGAGUUCAUCAUUGUGUCUUUGACGGGUCAGACAUGGAACUUUGAAGCAUCUACGUAUGAGGAGAGAGAGCUGUGGGUCCAAGCGAUUGAGAGCCAGAUCUUUGCUAGUCUGCAGUCUUGUGAGAGUAUAAAGAACAAGUCUCGGUUAGGCAGCCAAAGUGAUGCAAUGGCCAUUCAGUCCAUACGAAAUGUGAGGGGGAACAGCUUCUGUGUGGACUGCGAUGCACCCAAUCCAGACUGGGCCAGUUUGAACCUUGGUGCCUUGAUGUGCAUUGAGUGCUCAGGCAUCCAUAGGAACAUGGGCACCCACCUGUCUCGCGUACGCUCCCUAGACCUGGACGACUGGCCGGUAGAGCUCAGCAUGGUGAUGACUGCCAUCGGAAACACAAUGGCCAACAGCGUGUGGGAGGGCGCUCUGGAGGGCUACACCAAGCCAGGCAGCGACAGCACGAGGGAGGAGAAGGAGCGCUGGAUCCGAGCCAAGUAUGAGCAGAAGCUGUUCCUGUUGGGACUGCCCCAGUCGGAUGUGCCCCUGGGGCAGCAGCUGCUUCGGGCAGUGGUAGAGGAUGACCUGAGGUUGGUGGUGCUGCUGUUGGCCCACGGCACCAAGGAGGAGGUUAACGAGACCUACGGGGACGGAGACGGACGCACUGCUCUGCACCUCUCCUGCGCCAUGACCAAUGUGGUCAUCACACAGUUGCUCAUCUGGUAUGGCGUGGACGUAAAUUGUCGGGAUGCUCGUGGCCAGACGCCGCUGUCCUGCGCUCGGCGAGCUGGGAGCCAGGAGUGCGCUGACAUCUUACUUCAGCAUGGUUGCCCAAACGAUGCAAGCAGCCUGACCUCAGUGGCCACGCCCAACAUGAGCCGCCGUAACCCCAACAUCAACAACAACAAUGCCCAGUGUGAGCUCAACCGCAGUAUUAGUAUCAUGUAAGAGCAAGAGAGGAGCUGCAGGCAAACAUAGAAAACUCUGAACCCACCCCUGUCUCUUCCCAAUACUUCCCUCUGUUUCACACUGUGUAACCCAGAAUCAGUACCAACGGACAUAUUGUUGAUAUUCCACUACACUGAAAGAAGUCAGUCUUUGUGUUUCUGACAUUGUAAACUGUUUGUUUUAUAUUAUUAUUUUUUUGUUUUGUUUGUUUUUAAUUCUCUCAAUCUUGGUCUAAAAUGAUCACGAUCAGCUUUAAGCUUUUUUGUUUUUUAAGCAUCAACCAAACAAAUGACUUACUUUGGCAUUCAUACCUACCCAACAAAAAGCAUUUCCUUAAUGCGUGAACAUUUCCUUUUAUGUCUUCCCCUUCUGCGACAUGAACAGAUUUUAUAAUGAGCGUGAGUGAGAAGCUUCCUUUAAAUUUCCUAAUCUAAGCUUAAUAACAUAAAACUGUGAGAAAUAGUUUUACAAGUGACAAAGCACUGAUGGAGGAAAGAAACUAAACCUUCCAUGAUAUCAAUAGCUGUUUCAGCAUAAUGUUUUAUGACCAUCGAGCCACGUGGCUUUGUAAGAGUGCCUCCUCAAUCAGAAUUCAUUCAAACUCAAAGGUUUGAUUGAAGCUGAAAAUUGUGCCAUUAUGAUGUCUUUCCUGAAGUAAUUUUCUGAUUGACCAGAUUGUGUUGGUAAUUAUUUGGCAUAGAUUCGCACAGUUUCAAACUAUAUGCGUAUCAGAGUGUCCAUUAAUCUCCUGAGGCCAAAGGCUGUAAAAUUUGUACUCUCGAGUGCAUUUCCUCUAUUGUUGCUGUGAAAUACAUAUAUGGUACUGUGCUGCCGUCUUUGUCUGUAACCAUGUGCAGCAGAGGGCAACUGGGCAUUUCUGUUCAUAAACAUUGGAGAGGGGACACUGGAAAGAAGAUGAACGCCUACAGUGAAGAUUUGGGAACAUAACUGUGUUUUAAUGUACAGACCUAUGUAAAAAGUAGUUACUGUUCCUGCACCUUACUCCUUAUAACAACAGUCCUGACUUUCUGGAGUCAUUAAAAACAACUCUUUCUACGUGUCCUUCCCCAUCCUGAGAACUUGUCAGUCUAAACGCAGGGCGUUAGCAAAAUAAAUUCAAGUAACUGUAAUGAGAGUGACACUGUGGGAUUAAAAAGGCCAAGGAGAUUCAUAGAGACAAGUAGAAUUAGUUUGAUUCUCUUUAUAUUAAUGCACAUGUAUAGUAUUCCACAGACAUGAUAAGCCAGUUCAUUUAUAGUAAAUAGGAAUUGGGCAAGGAAUGAAUUCAGGUGGAGUUUGCAAAAUGUCUGCAGUGAAGUUUCCCUUUUAUUCAACAGAUAUUUUAAGGUUUUAAACUAUCUUGAUUUUCUGGGUUUACAAAGGCAGGAUGUAUGUUUACAAAGCAAGUUAUUAACUUGGUACCUUAAAUACUGUUUGGUUGUUGUUGCUUUACAAUAUAUGUGCUUUCAGAGUCCACGGAAAAUGAGUAGCCUGUGUGGUCAAAACUGAUAUUUGUGGGUGCGGGAGAUAGAUAAAUGUUAAAGGAAAAGUUUGACAUUUUGGGAAAUGUGUUUAUUCCCUCCUGGAUCUUGCCAAGAGUUAUUAGUACCAUUCUCUUGCAUGUGCUUUGAGUACAGAGCCGGAGCCAGCAGGCAAUCAGUCCAGCCUAGCUUAGCAACACACAUAUGAAAAUCUAAUAGUAAUUUUACACACUUGUGUUUCCUUGUUAGCUUUACAGGUUAGAGGUACUGGUAAGUAGAUUUUUAAAUUUUUGAGGGUAUCCAGCUAAUUGCUUUCCCGUGCUUUCAGUCUUCAUGCUAAGCUAAACUAACUGUGUCCUGCCCCUUGGCUUCAUACUUAAAGCAUAAACAGGAGACUUUAUCUGUCUUCUCAUUUAAUUCCCAGAAAAUAAAGCAUAUUCUCCAAAAUGUCAAACUAUUCUUUUAGGACAUUGCACAACCAACCACAGCUUCAACUAGAUAUCUUCAAAUUUACUUGUACUGUACAAUGGUACUGGCCUUAUUUCUGAUUUUUACUUGACCAAUGUAUUUCUGUAAGUACAUUUUAGUGUCCAAGGGGAUUACUAAGAAGAGUUUAAUGUGUACAGUGAUUACCUGAACCCUCAUUUACAUACUGUAGAUCCUGAAAGACACUAGAAACCUGCCAGUUUUCCCCAAACACAACAUGAAGUGUACAUAUUAGCUUAAUGCUUUUAUCUGAAGACAAACUGAACUGGUUUUAGGUCCUCUUGACCCAUGAACCAUAUUUUGAUAUGUUGUUUUGGUUUGUCCUUAGGCAUAUUUUUAAGGUACUUCUGUUUGGUCUCUGCAUUAACUGACCAUCUUUGGUACUUGUGUAUAAUGAUGUACAUUUGACAUAUUUAUAAUGCAGUAUGUAAAUAUUUUUUUUUUUUUUUUUUGGAUUUGUUCAAGUUAAUUUUCCUAUUGUAAUUCCUUUACGUUCAGAAUACGAAACAUAGCAAAAGCUAAAGAACUUGCCGUAUGUUUGGAUGCUUGGCUGACUGUUGACCUAUUAAUAAACACUCAAAUAAAAUGAUGUAGCUUUCCCUGGAUUUAGGGAAAUCAACGCAUUUGUCUUGUGUAUGU